AUGAAUAGGCCAGGAGACUGGAACUGCCUAUCAUGUAGCCACCUCAACUUCCAAAGAAGAGAGUCCUGCCAACGAUGCAGAGAGCCCAGACCGGGAAGCAUUAGCGACUUAGUCAGCGGUUUUGCAAGCCGCCCUAUCAGCAACGCUUUUGCUUUCAACACCGGGCCUGACUGUGGUGCCGCAAAAGAUGAGUCUUCACGCUCGGCUGCCGCCGGGUUUCUAGACAUGAAUGAUGGUCCAAGACGUGGCCUUUAUGGUUUUGGUAGCACCAGUGGUGGUGGCGGAGGCAUGGGCCGCUCUCCUUGGAAAUCGGGAGAUUGGAUUUGUCCCAGGCCAGGAUGCAAUGAACAUAACUUCGCAAGCAGGUCAGAGUGUUUCACGUGCAACGCCCCAAGGGAACCUGUCACCAAUAUUCCACCCUACUAG